ACAUUUAAGUGUGCAUAUCUGUUUUUACACACAGUAGCAGUAGGGCAUUCUUUUCUUUGUCAGUUUUGGCCCACAUCUGCACAGAGGAAAAACUCUGAAGUUUUUUAAAAGACCUUUUUAUCUCAUUUGAAAUCUUGCUAAACUUACUGAAGGGAAAAUGAUUUUACCAGAUGAUAACAAUGACUACUUGAACAGCAGCAUUGAUGAUCCUUCUUUUUUGCCAGUUAAAUCAACUUGGACCUUGAUAGAGACAAUGAACUAUGUUGGACAACUAGCUGGCCAGGUUCUGGUUACAGUGAGGGAGCUCUGCAAAGGAAUCAAUCAGGCCACCCUUUCAGGGUGCAUUGAUGUAAUAGUCGUCAGACAGCAAGAUGGCACAUAUCAGUGCUCACCUUUUCAUGUCCGAUUUGGAAAGCUGGGAGUGUUGCGCUCAAAGGAAAAAGUGAUUGACAUAGAAAUCAAUGGUGAACCUGUAGAACUUCAUAUGAAGCUAGGAGACAAUGGAGAAGCAUUUUUUGUUCAAGAAACAGAAGAAAUAAAUGAAAUGGUCCCAGCUCAUCUUGCAACUUCACCAAUCCCCACAGAAAACCAAAUGUUCUGGAAUGUUGAAGAAGAUGACGAGUCAAGUUUGAAGCCUGAGUUCUCUUUAAAUUCAAAUGAUCAAGAGUCUAUGGUGCUAAAUGUAGGAUCUGUGAAGAAGAAAAAGAGAAGGAAAAAGAAGCAUAAAUUAGAGAGCAGAAAAGAAGGGAUGUCUUCAACUCCAGGGAAUGAGGAUAUCUUUGAAAUAGAAAUGAGUUCUGAUGAGGAACAAAUUAUGCAUUCUUCAAGGGGAUCUUCUGUAACCUUAUCAAAAGAUAUUGACUACAAACAGUCCUUGAUCCUUCACUCCCUGGAUACUUACCCUCUGUCUGAUGGUGAUUGGCACAUCUCCGACAAUAUUCAUUUGUCAGCACCUUCUUCUCCAAAGAGUGAUUCUGAAUUGGUGGUGAAACCAUGUGAAAAUUUGCUGAGGGCAGAGUCCCAUAUACAGUGGGCCUGGGGUGAAUUUCCUGAAUCUACAAAGAUCAGUAAAAAAGAAAAACCUGAUCAUGUGAAAAAGGUCACCAUCACUCCUUCAGAAAGCACACAUUUCCGUGUUAUCUCAAGCACAGAUAACAUACAUUGUAAGAUAAGUAGUGACCUACAUGGGCUGGACUCUAUUCAUACAGUAGUAAAGCCAGAACCUAGAACACAUACAGGUAGUAUCCAAAGGAGUCCAGUUAUCUUUCCUGCUGAAUACACUGACGUUUUAAUAUCGCAUGAUGCUUCUGAUGUAAACAACAUUGUGACAGUUACUGUGCCAGACGAUGUUGCAGAUCAGGCUACAUUUGCAAGCAGUAUCAUGGAGCAAGAAGAAGGCAUUGGAGAAAUCAAGGUCAUUUCUAAAACUGACUCUCCCUCCAAAAGGAAAGGUGUACGUAAGAGAAGUCAGCACCAAGGGCCAGAUGAUAUCUAUUUGGAUGAUUUAAAUGUGCUAGAGCCAGAUGUUGCUGCUCGUUAUUUUCCUAAAAGUGAAUCAGACCCAGGACCCAAACACUGGGUUGAGUCGGACAUACGAUCUGGCUCACAGUCACCACAGUCUGUGGGCAGUGCUGCUGCAGACAGUGGCACAGAGUGUCUUUCUGAUUCUGCAAUUGACUUACCAGAUGUUACUUUGUCUCUCUGUGGUGGUCUAAGUGAGCAUACAGAAAUUUCAAAAGAGAAAUUCUUGGAACAUAUUAUUACUUAUCACGAAUUUGCAGAAAAUCCAAGUAUAAUAGACAAUCCAAAUUUGGUUAUAAGAAUUGCAAAUAGGUAUUACAACUGGGCUUUAGCAGCUCCCAUGAUUCUGAGUUUGCAAGCUUUCCAAAAGAGCUUACCGAAGACAACAGUUGAGACGUGGGUCAAAGAAAAGAUGCCAAAAAAGUCAGGAGGAUGGUGGUUCUGGCGCAAGCGAUCUGACAGCACGGUUAAACAGUCCGAAGCAAAACUCCAGGCGCAAGAUUUGCAGUGUGAAAGUGUUCCACUUGUAACCCAGGAGGCUGUUACAAUAAGGUCCAAAGAAGAUGACACAUCCAGUGAUGAAGAUUCAAAAGAAAUUCAAAAUGCCACUUCCAAAGAAAGUAAUCAAGCUGAAGACAUUAGUCAAGGAAAUUGUACCUCUUACAAAAAGUCUCUUCGAUUGUCAUCAGAUCAAAUUGCCAGUUUGAAAUUAAAAAAUGGUCCAAAUGAUGUUGUUUUCAGCAUCACCACUCAGUAUCAAGGUACAUGCCGAUGUGAAGGCACAAUAUACCUUUGGAAUUGGGAUGACAAAGUCAUCAUUUCUGACAUUGAUGGGACCAUCACCAAGUCAGAUGCCCUUGGACAGAUUCUCCCUCAACUUGGCAAAGACUGGACUCAUCAAGGCAUUGCUAAACUUUAUCAUUCCGUGCAUGAGAAUGGAUACAAAUUCUUAUACUGUUCUGCCCGUGCAAUUGGGAUGUCAGGAAUGACCAGAGGUUACCUACAUUGGGUUAAUGACAAAGGAACAAUUCUUCCUCGUGGUCCUCUUAUGUUGUCCCCAAGUAGCCUGUUUUCUGCUUUUCACAGGGAGGUGAUUGAGAAGAAACCUGAAAAGUUUAAGAUUGAAUGCUUGACCGAUAUUAAGAAUUUAUUUUAUCCCAAUAAACAACCAUUUUAUGCUGCAUUUGGAAAUCGUCCCAAUGACGUGUAUGCAUAUAAACAAGUUGGAGUCCCUGUCUGCAGAAUUUUCACAGUGAAUCCAAAAGGUGAAUUAAUACAAGAACAAACAAAGGGAAACAAAUCAUCGUACAGCAGGCUGAGUGAGCUGGUUGAACAUGUUUUUCCACUGCUAAACAAAGAACAGAGUUCUGCAUUCAGUUUUCCUGAAUUUAGCUCCUUCUGCUACUGGAGAGAACCAGUUCCAGAAAUCGACAUGGAUGAUCUGGUUUAAAUAUCAUUUUACUGUCAGUAUUUGCAAUUGUGUGCACAAUAUUCUAGCGUCAGUACAAACUGUAUAAAUGGAAGGAUCAAUGCGUCUUGAACAAUUAAGGACAUACGAAGCAUUUAUCAAAUGAUAAUGAUUUUCUUAAAUGUAUUGUUAAUGCUCUGCUUGCAUUUUCCAGUGCUCUUCUUUGGAUACCAGAUCACAAUGUUACUUUUUGUUCCGUUCAGAUUUAUUGCAUUUGUAUUCAGAAACUAUGGCAUUCCCUGCGCUGCUAAUGCCCCAUAGUGUUAUCAAAAGAUUAUCAUAAAUUUAUCAGACAGUGAAUAUUUUCCUUCCCUGGCUGUGUUUAUUAGAAGAAGCAAAAUCUCUGAUAUUUUAUACAUCUUCUUUCCCAAUUAGUAAGUACCAAAAGAAGUACAUAACUUAACACCUUAAAGAAGGUUUAAAUUGUUUACAAAAGACCAUCUUAGUAUUUACUGGAAUGCAAUUUUUGUCUUUGACAUUUUUACAGUCCAUUUUCUUGUUUGCACUUUAUAUUUUUAUAGCAAUUAUAAGUUAAAAUUUAGGCAGAUAAAUAGUAUAUGUCGUCAUCUUUGCAGGGGCUGGAAUGAAUUAGCACAACAGACAGAAGGAUAUCUUAAGGAUGUAUUAAACAUCCAUUUAAUGUUGGCAUUUUAAGAACACACCAUUUUAAUUCUCCACAUAGGAAUAAAUCGUAAGCAUGUAACAAACUCAAUCUGUCCCAGAAUAUGAUGAAUCUGCUGACAUUUUGUUUGAAGCCAUGAUUAGUGUGCUGAGUUUGUGUGAGUUUUAUUCACAUGGAUCAGUGCAUGGGCUACAUAUGUUGAACACAGGCAGUAUUUAUGUAAGAAGUUAAUGGUUUUCCUGGGCCACCCACUAUCCUGCUGCUUAACUAAUAACAAAGCGGUAAAGUUCGUUUUGAUGUACCGCCCCUUCUAAUUAGUUGCUUAGUGAACAACUCUGAUGUUCUUGAUAUGUUGCAAAAUGUAAUGUAAACAAUUCUAAAGAUUAAUAUGGACAAUCGAAGCCCUCGAGCUAUCUGACAAAAGCAUAACUGGUACUCAGUGUGUUUAAGGCAAGCUACUUAUUUUUAAUCUUACAUUAUUUGGCCUAUAAGUGGGUAGUCUUACAGGAGAAUAACAAAAUGAUUGACCUUUCUAGAAA